CGAGCACAUAGAGGGCGCCCAACGGCGGUUUUGAUUCAUGACGGCAGAUUUUAACCUCUGUGUGGCGUCCUGCCUCCCUAACCCACGGCGGGAGGGACACACGCCCGAGAACCCGAUUGGACACGGCCGCCUGCGUGAGGCGAUACCCACGCUGAGGCGAUACCCACGCUGAGGCGACGCCCGCGCAGCCGUUAGCGGCGACCGUUAGGGGGCGACCGUUAGGGGCGCACGCGCCCCUCUCUGAGAGACUUCUCGGCGCCAAGCCGCCGCCGAGCCCGCCCGGCGCAGCGCGCAUGCACCCCGGCGCCCCUCAGCCGCCCUCGGGAGAGAAAGGAGCGGGCGCUCCCCUCCCCACCAGCCGCGCCUGCGCUGUUGCCGCUUCUUGCUGCCGGCCGCGCAAGCCCGUGUGCCGCUCGGGCGGGGCUGAGGGUAGCGCGGUGCCGCUGUCGCGAUAGUUGCGCGCUCGGGACGCCAUCGCGCCUAAGCUGCUUGCGUCGCUUCGGAGCCCGGCGGCCGGUCGGGAGUGAGGAGGAGCUUCCUGCCCGGCGGGACGGAGCUGCCGCUGCCGGAGGCGCGUGCGAGGGCUGUGCGAGCGGCUGCCGUGUUUAACUUAAAUAAAAAUGGACUGGAGUGGAAAACACAACGGGCCAAAUGAUACAACUAACGAUGGAACAGUGGUACGACUUCGAGGCCUGCCAUUUGGAUGCAGCAAAGAAGAGAUUGUUCAGUUUUUCCAAGGGUUGGAAAUCGUGCCAAAUGGGAUAACAUUGACGCUGGACUACCAGGGGAGAAGCACAGGGGAGGCCUUCGUGCAGUUUGCUUCAAAGGAGAUAGCAGAAAAUGCUCUGGGGAAACACAAGGAAAGAAUAGGGCACAGAUAUAUUGAAAUCUUCAAAAGUAGUAAGAGUGAAAUCAGAGGAUUCUGUGACCUGCCAAGAAGAAUGAUGGGACAACAGCGACCUGGACCAUAUGAUAGACCAUUAGGAGGAAGAGGGGGUUAUUAUGGAGCUGGGCGUGGAAGUAUGUAUGACAGAAUGCGUCGAGGAGGUGGUGGAUAUGACGGUGGGUAUGGUGGCUUUGAUGAUUAUGGUGGCUAUAAUAACUAUGGCUAUGGAAAUGAUGGCUAUGAUGACAGAAUGAGAGAUGGGAGAGGCAUGGGAGGACAUGGGUAUGGUGGAGCUGGAGAUGCAGGUUCAGGUUUCCAUGGUGGUGGUCAUUUUGUUCACAUGAGAGGACUGCCUUUUCGAGCAACAGAAAAUGACAUUGCUAAUUUUUUCUCGCCAUUGAAUCCUAUAAGAGUUCACAUUGAUAUUGGGGCAGAUGGACGAGCUACAGGAGAGGCAGAUGUGGAAUUUGUAACACAUGAGGAUGCAGUAGCUGCUAUGUCAAAGGAUAAGAAUCACAUGCAACAUCGAUAUAUUGAACUAUUCCUGAAUUCAACUGCUGGAGGUGGAUCUGGAAUGGGAGGCUAUGGCAGAGACGGCAUGGAUCAAGGUUACGGCUCUGUUGGUAGAAUGGGCAUGGGUAGCAAUUACAGCGGCGGGUACGGAACUCCUGAUGGCUUGGGCGGAUACAGUAUGUAUACGUGACCUUGUGUCAAUUGUUUGCAGGUCGUGGCAGUGGAAAUAGUGGAGGAUACUAUGGGCAAGGCAGUAUGGGUGGAGGAGGAUGGCGUGGAAUGUAUUGAAGGAUAGCCUUGCUUCUGCGUAAUAUCCUGGAAGAAACAGUCUCUGGUCUACUAGACUUUCUUACAAAAUUUAAUUUCUUUUGUAUUUUAAGAACUUUAUAAUGACUGAAGGAAUGUGUUUUCACAAUAUUAUUUGGUAAGCAACAGAUUGUGAUGGGAAAAUCUGUUUUCUGUAGGUUUUAUUUGUUGCAUACUCUGACUUUAAAUAAAUUUUUAUAUUCAAACCACUGAUGUUGAUACUUUUUAUACUAGUUACUCCUAAGGAUGUAUUACAUAUUCAGGAAACAGCCGGUUUAAGAUGUUGUACUAUGGUUCAAUAAAGGUGGUUGUACUGUAA